UUAUAGGAGUAACAAAACGAGCCCUGAAGCAGUCAUUUGUCACUGGGUGAGUUCUUCCAAAUUGAAGGAUUGGAAACCUCCAUUAACGCUUCUCUUUAACUUCUUGCCUUUCCCAGAUUCCCUUUGCCAGCUUGCCCUACAACUCUCCAAAACGACCUCCUCCGUCUUUGUUUUGUCAAUCGGAGGAAAAAGAAAUCCCUCCAUUUGCCGAAACUCGAAAGAAGCCGCGAAAGAUCAGGGGUCUGAUUAUUGGAAAAAGAGUGGAAGAGAUACAUCGGUCUGUUAUUGUUUGUUUUGUGGAGAAUGGAGAGGAUGGAGAAGUGGAGGCUGAGGUUGGAUUCCUUCCUGCUGUUGCUGAUUACUUUAUCGUGCCGGAGGCUGUGUGCCUGCAAUUCUCUAGAUGCCGAAGGCAGGGCUCUAAUGAGCUUUAGGGAGGGGGUGGAGGUGGACCCCUAUGGAGCUCUCGCGAACUGGGGGAGAAGCGGGGUUGAUCACUGCUUUUGGUUUGGAGUAGAGUGCUCUGAUGAUGGGAAGGCAGUUUCUCUGAACUUGAGAGAUCUUUUUCUUCAAGGGAUACUUACUUCAGAGCUUGCGAGACUUAUUCACUUGAAGUCACUUAUUUUGCGGAAUAAUUCAUUUUCUGGAGGCAUACCUAAAGAAUUAAGUAAAUUGUUGAAACUAGAAGUUUUAGACCUGGGACACAAUAAUCUCAGUGGACCAUUUCCACAUUUCCUUAUUCGAAUCGAAUCCCUAAAACUACUUGUGCUAAAAAAUAACAGGUUCAUAAAGGAUAUCUCGCCAAAAUUUUUUGAGCUCAAUAUGCUUUCUGAGAUUGGAGGAGAUGAAGAGAGGUCAUCUUCCAGGAAGGGAUCUGUUAUGAGAAAAGUUGUGAACCAACCGACACGAAGACUUCUGCAACAAAUCAACAGAGGUAAAUUAAAACCUCAUAAGCACGGGGGCCUUCACAGGAGAAACAUCACAUCUGCUCCAUCUCCAGCACCCAUAACUUCGCCAUCACCAUCAUCAACUCCGAAACCUUCGGCAUCAAAUUUGCAGUCUCCCCCAUCCUCCCAUUCCCAUUUUCCAGUCAAUCAUGGAUCGCCACAUCCAUCCAACUCAGCACUACCUCCGUCACCUGGAAAAGAGGAGAAUCACCGGCCAAUCUAUAUUACAGUCGGAGCCGGAGCUUUCGCACUUUUUUCGUUAUCUUCUGUGUACUUUAUCUGCUGUCGUACUGUCAAGGUUGAUACCGCAAAUUCUUGUCAAACUGGCUUGAGUGGAAAGUUGCAGAAAGCAUUAGUUACAGGCGUACCUUCUCUGGAGAGGUCCGAGCUUCAAACAGCUUGCGAGGAUUUCAGCAAUGUUAUUGAUUCUUUAUCAGAUUGCACACUGUACAAAGGAACGCUGUCAAGUGGAGUAGAAAUAGCAGUGACCUCUACCAUGAUCAAGACUGCAAAAGAUUGGUCGGAUAAACAUGAAGCUUUGUUUAGGAAUAAGAUCUCAGUUCUGUCGACAGUGAACCACAAGAACUUUCUGAACCUUAUUGGAUUUUGCGAGGAACAGGAGCCUUUUGCUCGAAUGAUGGUUUACGAAUAUGCUCCAAAUGGGACACUUUUUGAACAUCUUCAUAUAAAAGAAGCAGAGCCCUUAGAUUGGACGACCCGAUUACGCAUCGCAAUGGGAAUAUCAUAUUGCUUGGACCACUUUCUUCGUCUCGACCCUCCCAUCACUUUCAGAGCCUUGAAUUCAUCCACCAUCUACCUAACUGAAGACUAUGCCGCCAAGGUAUCUGAUCUCCCAUUCUGGAAUGAAAUAAAGGAUACCAGUUCGUCUGAUCAAAGCAAUGAUGACUUACAGUCGCCAUUAUCUCAUGAGGAAAUUGUUUAUAAGUUUGGAAUAAUACUUCUUGAACUAAUAUCUGGAAGAGUACCUUUUUCUAAGGAUGAUGGCCUGCUGGUGCUUUGGGCCUCAAGCCACUUGACAGGGAAGAGACCCAUUAAUGGCAUUGUUGAUCAGACCAUCGAAUCGGUGAGUGAGGAAGAUAUAGGCCCCCUUUGUAAGGUGAUACAGUCAUGUGUGAAUCCUGAACCAAUUGAGAGACCGAAAAUGGGGGAUGUUGUGGCACAGCUGAGGCAGAUAACUAAGAUUUCUCUGGAUGCAGCUAGCCCAAAGCUUUCCCCUCUGUGGUGGGCGGAGCUGGAGAUAAUUUCUUAGGUUUAUAUCUAUCGAAGUGUAAAUUAGAAAUAAUUAUCCUCUGGUAAUUUGUGGAUUAUGUAUUAUUAUUAUUUUUUUUUAUGGGUGAUGGAGAUGAUGGAUUUUUUCAAAGUGAGCAGACAUUGGGGGCUUGUUGAGGCGCAUAGUUUUGUAAUGUGGACUGCUUGUGGUUUCAAAAGGAGAUCAGUCUUGCUCUUGUUGUACAAUAAAAAAGGUGAUUUUUUUU